CUCAUGUCAAGUAACAGAGUCUUCCUCCUGGUCCUAGUCACCUUGGUGGUGGUGGUGGCAAUCAUUGUCGUUUCACCAAAGACAGCAGAAGCAGCUCGAACUUUCUUCGUGUUUGGGGACUCAUUGGUUGACAGUGGCAACAACAAUUACUUGCCAACCACGGCACGUGCUGACUCACCCCCUUAUGGCAUUGACUAUCCCACUCAUCAACCCACUGGACGCUUCUCCAACGGCUUCAACCUCCCUGACCUUAUUAGCCAGCAAAUUGGGUCUGAACCUACAUUGCCAUACCUGAGCCCUGAAUUAAAUGGAGAAAAGCUCUUGGUUGGGGCCAACUUCGCUUCUGCUGGUAUAGGAAUCCUCAAUGACACUGGCAUCCAAUUUGUGGGUAUAAUCAGAAUGUGCCAGCAGUUUGCAUUGUUCCAGCAGUACCAGGAAAGGUUAAGUGCAGCUGUAGGGGCAGACCAGGCUCAAAGGGUUGUGAAUGGAGCUCUGGUCCUCAUGACAGUGGGUGGUAAUGACUUUGUUAACAACUAUUUCUUAACUCCUUUCUCUCCCAGGUCUCACCAAUUCACUGUCCCCCAGUUCUCUAGCUACCUUAUCACCGAGUACAGAAAAAUUCUCAUGAGGUUGUAUGAGUUAGGGGCUCGUCGUGUGCUUGUGACAGGAACUGGUCCACUAGGUUGUGUUCCUUCUCAGCUUGCUAUGAGAAGCAGGAAUGGGGAGUGUGCGCCAGAGUUACAACAAGCUGCACAGAUUUUCAACCCUCUUCUGGUUCAAAUGAUCAGAGAUCUCAACUCCCAACUCGGCUCUGACGUUUUUGUUUCUGUCAAUGCCUUUCUUAUGAACAUGAACUUCAUUACCAACCCUCAAAAAUAUGGUUUCGUUACAUCAAAGAUAGCAUGUUGCGGUCAAGGUCCAUACAACGGGCUGGGAUUGUGCAACCCCUUGUCGAACCUGUGCCCAAAUCGUGAUCUCUAUGCAUUUUGGGACGCUUUCCACCCAUCACAACGUGCACUCAGGUUUAUCGUUGAUGAUAUGUUCAGGGGAACCAGCGACCUUAUGAGCCCUAUGAACCUCACCACCAUCAUGGCCAUGGACUCCAACAUCUAA